AUGGACCCCAAACGUGUCAACGAAUUUCUCCCGCCAACGUCGGCGGCGGCGCCGGCACCCCCUGGAGAUCGAAUGGAUGUUACAAAUGCUGUCGAGGACGAUUUUGAUGUGGCCCAGUACCGCGCGCUCAAGAAGGACAAGCAGGAGGAGCAGAAGCGCCUCGACCAUGAGCACGAUCACAGGCACCGGCAGCUUGAGGAGCAGAUACACAUGGAGAACAGCCGCCUAUUCUCACAAUUUCAGCAGAGAGUCAAUGAGAGCAUCCAGCGGGCCUUUAUAGAUCUUCAGCCUUCAAUUGCCGCCACUAUCAGCAACCAAGUCAGCUUCCGACUCGAGCAGCAACGCCUACGUGACGAGCAUGCGGCGAGCAAGAGCAACAUCGAACAGCGUUAUCACAACAAGAUCACGAGCCUGAUGGCAAUGCCAUCUGCCGCUCGCGGUGCAAUUCCCAGGAUGGCGAGCUCUGCAUCAGGGACUCCUGCAACACCAGCUUUCGCGUCACCUGCGCUCCAGUCGGCAAAUACACCGACGCCGUCACGUGGGCCGCCGCCUCAGGAAACUGUUCGCCCGGACCCCGUGGCACAUCAGGUACAGCAGCGCAUGGCUCCUCGCACUGAAGUCCCGUCUCAUCAUCAACAGCCGGUUGCCCCUCCACGCAUUCUUCCCUCGGAGCCCUUGACUCGACAGCCUGUGGGCCCCCAUCGGAUGCCUCACCCGGAAUCUAUGGCCCAGCAGCCCAUGAUUCAGCAGCGUAUGCCUCCGGAGCAGGUACACCAGCGACCUCUGCCGCACCAUCACGUGCCUGCCGAGCCUCACCCUCUCGAGCCUCGUCAUCAGCAACCUGCGAUGGCCCAGGCUUUGGCUAGCGAUUCCAAAUUGUCCGAACCUCCGCUGCGACAUGACGUUCCGCCCCUGCCGAGCUCCAAUCCCGUCCUGGCAAGUCAUGCUUCUCAGGGCGCAAUGGAGACCCCACGCCAAGACGUGAAAAGGAAGGCCGCUGACUCGCCUGCAACCGACGCUGUCAACAGUGCCCUGAAGCGGCCGCGAACCAGGGACAGGCCAUUUGAGCAGGUCCAGUAUGUGAAGUCCCCGCCGGUCAAGCGGAGCCCUCGAGCCCACCAGCCUGCACAGGUCGCCAUGGAGAAGCGGGUCCAGCGCACGAUCAGCUUCGAGGAAGUCUACCAGGGAGGCAAGGCUCAAUUCAAGCACCAGAUCUUCGAGUACAAGACUGGUUCGGGUAACUGGUACAUUGUCAAAUGCGACGAACAUGGUGUUCACUUCAAGUUUGGCAACCCGGUCCACGGCGCGGCCAAGCACGUGCACAGUCCCCAACAUGACAUGCAGCCCAAGACACACGACCUUGCUAUCGAAAUCUGCGGCUAUCUUGUUACCGACUGCAAUGCUGAGCUUGCCAAGCUCAACAAUGAUGAGUACCAGCGGGCGGUGGCUGAGGAUGGGUACGAGCCUUACAACCGGAAUCUGCUCACAAAGGAAGGCCGGCAACGCACGGAUAACCACAAGAAGCAUCCUAAAACCGAAAGGGAGGGGGGCGAGAUCCAUGUCAAUGGUGACGUCCACUCCAAGCCUAAGUUACGAGAGCAGAAGCCGUCAGCAGGCAUGACUGCGCCUAAAGAUUGUCAAUUCUACCAAGGACUGUGGCAAUCGAACAAGAAAUGGUACUCGCUCGUCGUAUUGCCCAUACGAGCGGAUGGCAGUCUGCGGGAGGUUGGCCUGAAAGAGAGAUUUCAAGAGCUUCCGCUCAUGCAGACCGUUCCCAAGUGCUACCGCGUCGACAGGGUCAGCUUACAGAUCAAGGGGUGGCAACCUGCCUACGAGGAUGGAGAGGCCAAGGCGAAGAAGCGUGAAUAUCCCGUCAUGUUCUUCGACAGAACGCCCUGGUCAUUGGGGUGGCUGCCCGCUUCGAAGCUUCUGGAGCUUGACUUGUACAACCCGACUGAGGGCGUAGAUAUCAGCGGUCUCAAGAAGGCUCGGGAGUGGUUUGCAGUGAAAAUGAACAACCGCGCCAACUGGGAGGAGCUGAAGCGACUUGGGCCUGGCGAGCCUCUCUCAGCGACGCCAGAGGGCGAGGCGGACUGGAUUGGCGAUCAAGGGCUGUCUCUGCGGUCGGCAGACAAGCCUGAUGAAAAGAGUCCUACGUUCUUCGAUAAGCAGUUCGGGAAGAGUCCUGGUCGCCGUGGGUCGCCCGGAAGUGAUGACUCUGAUGCGGAUAGUGAUGAUGAGGAUGAGGACCCGAUGAAGAUGGAUGUCGGCCCAAUCCCAGACCCCAGCGCUGCAGACUCUAAUUGGGUAGAAGGGGUCUCGGAUUCGGGAUCCCAUGACUCGGACAUGGAUGUGGACGAUAUGCCGGCCACGAAGAGUGACAAGGAUUCUCCCAAGGUGUUUUCCAUCGAGCCUCACGUCCCACAGGCCAGCGAGACGAGGCCCUCUGAGGAGACCAGCCAUGGUCCUCACGACCAGGCAGAUUUAUCUGCUGUUCUUUCCGAACACGAACGCGUGAGGAAAAGUGCCCAGACCGCGCAGGCCAAAGCAGCAGCGGCCGUCAAGGAGGCUGCUAGCCGCAGCAGAGCAGCAUCGGAGGUGGCUGAUGACAGUCUGAAGGGCGAAUCGAAGGGCCCUCAAGGACGGCCAGACACCGACGCAGGCCCACGGUCCCAGCGCCCAGCGUUGGCUGAUCAUCAGCGAUCGAGGUCGGACGGCAUGUUCGCAGAAUCCCAGACGGGGCUCGCAGCACCCGGUAUAGGCAAGCUGGGCGAGGGUCGCAAGCACUCGAACCUGCAGAACAUCCUCAACCCGGCUGGCAUGCGCGCCGAAGCGCCGGUCGAGAACGGCCUCGACAGCUAUAAGCGCUUCGACGCCCUCAUGGCGCAGAUGAGCAACGACUCAACGCCUCUGCGACCUGCGUCGGUGCCUGUGCAGUCGAAUGGACACCAUUUCCAACCCCCAGUCCAUCAGACCAAGCAAUUGGACGCCAUGCCGCAGCACUCCCCAUCCCUCUCGCACAUCCUAUCCCCGCCAAUGCAGUCGCCGAUGAUGGCGCCGCCCAGGAGCGCGUCCACGACGCCGGUGCCCGACGGCUCCGGGCGCAGCACGCCCACGAUCAUGAUCCCCAACAACGGAGACCGCUGGCAGGCAGUCCGGACAUCCUCCUUUGGUCCGGCGCCGCACACGCCCCGGGCAUCUUUCACCGACAGCCCGAAGCCCGCGGCCCCGCAGCCCGCGGUGGUCACACCAGCGCUCUCGGCGCGGGCCGAGACACCCGUGUCCGGGGCCGGCGCAGACAGGAAGGAGAUCUUCGACGUGAGCCAGUUCCGCGACUCGGCGCGCGGGGUGCGGUGGUCGCGGAGCAGCAGCCCGACGGCGGGGUUCCUGCGGCUGGCGACGGACCCGGUGCGCGGGGUGGCGGAGCCGGUGGGGGAGACGUCGACUUCGGCGGCCGAGGCGGGGGCGGUGGUGCCACCAGCCGGGAUCGAGCCGGCCAAGGUGUCGCGGAUCGAGCUGGAGACGGAGCGGGACCGGCAGUGGGUGUCGCUGGUGCUCAAGGACCGCAGCGAGCAGACGGUGGCGUUCGAGACCAACUCGGCCAGCGGGCGGCUCAUCAACGCCAAGAUCCAGGGCCGGCGGUUCGUCAGCUGGGUCAGGAAGUGGAACCCAGAGGCGGAGCUGAGUAGCGGGUAG